AUGCUUGUCGGCAGCUCGACCUUUGAUCGUAACUCGGCCACCACUGGUGGCGUUCUCGCCGUCCUGCAGGACUUUAACCCGCAGGUGAUCUCUUCCGGAGCGGUCGCUCACCCGGCUCUGCUCAGCCUUCCCUAUGUCCGAUACGUCGCGGCACACGUUGUACUGGACAACGUCACCGUCACUGACAAUGGCGCUGCCUAUGGCGGUCUCUUCUUUCUGGUCGGCUGCUCGAUUGAGGUUACUGGCCGCGUCCGCGGCUGGGGCAACAGCGUGCUCGGAGAGGCAGGAUCAGUGGCAUACGCCUCGCAAGCACUCGGAGAGCACAAAACUGAUCUGGGGGUUCUUGUCCGCGGGACAAACAAGAGUCGCGCUGAUCUUCGCAGCGCGUGCCUGCCCGUGCGCUGGGGAGGUGAUGUGGCCACACCGAUUGCCACCAUCGAGUGGCUCGUUGGCGCGGAUCAGCUCAACGGCACUGCCGUCCCGUCGGGCUUUGCUCUACCGCACAACUUUGCUGUUGUUGUUCGCGACACCAACGGUGCGCUGGUCAUUGAUUCGGAUGUCGUCAUCGAGCUCCAGGUCUACGAUGGCAAAGGUGGGAGCUUCGCCAUCUUCGGCGGAACGCCGCAGAUCAUUCUCCGCCAUAACGUCACCGAGCUGACAAGCAUGGGCAUUGCUAUCACUUCGAUGGAUCAGAUCGGAUCCUGGGUUACUGUCCGCGCCUUGGCCUCGUACGCUGCGGUGGAGGGCUUCUCUAACGUGGCUACACAAGCCAUCUCGCUGCUCAUCGAUGGCUGCCCUGGGAAUCGACCCCCGGUGCCCCACGGCGACAGCGCACUCGUCUGCGUCUGCCCCGUCAAUGCCAUAUCGAUGCAGCUGAUUGACGCCGAGACCGGCGUGCAGCGAACAGGCUCCUGGGAGGUCGUGGUCAUCGGCCUUUGCCUUGUCACGCUAAGCCUGUACGCCGUAGUCGACAGGCCUGCACAGACAACCCGGAUCUCUGCAGUGCUCAAAACUAUUGUGGUCUUUGUGCAGACAGUCGGUGCGGUGCUAAGCUCUGGGAAUGGUCUUUUGUCAUCAUCGUCGUCGCUACACACCAUCUAUGGCGUGCUUCAGCGUGCCAGCCUGACCCUCACCGGCCUGGGCUGCCUUGAUCUGGGGCAACUGGGCCUCCUCUGGCUCUUUGUGGCUCUGACUGCCGGCCCGGUUCUCCUCUGCCUCGCCCUCCGAUACGCGCCAUGCCAGAGUCAGGGCAUGCGGCGCCGAGCCGAAGGUGCAGCAGGCACCCUCGGCUACCUUUUUGUCUUUCCACUCCUGCACCACUUGCUGGAGCACCUCUCGUGCGUCCCCGAUCCGACGCCUGGUGCCCAUCGCUCGUACCUGGAUGCGGCACCCUGGAUCGCUUGCGGCUCGGACGAACACAUCGCACUCGUGGCGUCGGCUUUGAGUGUUCUGCUUGGUAUUGCCUCUGCAGUUGCCGUCACCAGCGCAGUGGCCUGGUGCGCCCAUCAAGCUAGUGAGCGCGAGAUCUGCGAUGAUCGCCUCGUCCCGCUGCUCGACAGUGAUGCGAUGGUCAUGGUUGCCGAGCAUUCGCCUGUUGCCUUUCUUUGGCACACCUUCCGAGCCGAGGCCUGGUGGUAUGAGGGUGUGGUUUUCACGCGAAGAGUGGCGAUUGCGGUGGCGGUGGCGACCAUUCCGAGAGGAUCGGUCUUUACCAGCGGUGUGCUAGCCGCGACAGUCGCCGUGUCGCUCGCGGCUCACCUGCACUUUCGUCCGUACAUCGACGAAGUCGCACACCGCAUGGAGAUCACAGGCCUUGUGGCCGCUCUCAUUGUCAUUCAGAUUGUCGGCAUGAUGGAGCAAGCCGAAGCCGAGACUUCGAUCGCCGUCCUCGCCGCCGAGUUUGUCAUUGUCACCAUUGGCGUGGUCGCGACCGGCCUUGUUGUGGCAGCCGGCGCCGUGUAA